GAGAAAUUUAUUGAAUUCAAAAUAAAAUUUUGAAAAAGAAAUUGUGAGCCAAGAUGGAGUGUAGUGGAAAGAAAUGGCUAAUAAUUUUUGUGCAAGCGAUACUCUGCAUUUACCUACUCAUCGGCUCAACGUCUGCGGAGUGUAACGUGUGCCAGACAAAUCAAGUUGCUUGUAUUAAUUCAACAUCCUUCUACCUCUGCUUUGGUGACACCAGCCCAAAUAUGGAUGUGCUGUAUCACUGCAAGGAAGGUUUCGAAUGCACCGAAUUUAACGCCAUCUGUCUGCAGGCGAGUGCAACACGACCGCCCAGUUGUGGCUCAACAUCACUCUGCGGUCAGUGUACAGCACAGGCAAAUGCACUUUUCGCCUGCCUGAGUCGCACCACAUUCCAAAUGUGCUAUGGUGGUCUACAUCCCACCGGACAGGUGGGAUAUUGCCCGAGUGGUUUCGUUUGUGAUGCAACAAGUGAUGCAAUCUGCGUAAAUGCUGCAACACAGUCUACAAUAACUUGUGAUGUAGUUGAUCCAACAGAGUCGACAACUUCAACUACAACCACAGAGAGCACAACCACGGUGAGCACAACAACUUCGUCUACGCAGACAACACCAACAUAUCCGCUAACACCGAACGAGGUUUGUGCACUACAAGCGCUAAAUGGUCUCUAUCCGACCAUGCCACACGAUCCGUAUUGCAAGCAAUAUAUUCACUGUCGCGGCAGCCGAGGUACCGAGUACUCCUGCCCUUCCAACACUUACUUCAGUUUGGAAAACAAGGCCUGCACAAUGUACAAGCCAGCAUACUGUAUUUGAA